AUGCAUCUAUUAUAUGAUAUACUUCUAAUCUUUUUUCGUAUUUCAAUUUCUUUCUCUGUAAAUAGUGUAACUUUUGUCUUCUCUCCAGUCCCAAACAGUGUAGUGCAAACUUUGCUACUUUCCGAUACAAUUCUAACCAAUGCUUCAUACAUAACACGUUUAUCAUCUACCGAUGCUAAUUUACUCAAUUCAACAGACGCUCUGCGAGCAGCAAGUAAUAUCAAUUCAAUUGUUUUCAGUGGGGAAACAGGUGAUUGUUCGUUGCCGACUGCAUUAGCCACUCGAUAUUCAACAAUUAACGUCAGUAGCCCAAUAUGUUUCACAUCCGUGUCAUCCUCGCUGAUGAAUUUUCUACAAUUAUCAGUCACAAGUCAAGGAUUAGCAUCAGCAGCCACACUUUUUAUGAAUCGAUAUUCUUUAACAUAUUUUUCUAUGAUUAUUGGCAGUUCAAAUGACUUUUAUUUUAAUUUAGCACAAGAGUUCUCAACCUAUCUAUCACAAAAUUACUUUACUCUGGAGCACUUCUUCUAUAAAUCCAAUUUUACACAAUCACUAUUACUUUCCUAUCGUACCAAAGUGUACUACGUCAUUUGUUCAUAUGCGGAUGAAAUCGAUCUGUAUUCCAAAAUUGUUUCAUUUUCUCAACUAUCAACCAAUAAUGCAGUUUUUAUUUUUCUUCGUUGGUCACCACACUUUGCUAGUUUUUAUACCACACAAUAUGCACCAGAUGAAUCCUUAACAGUACCAUUAAGUACAUUUGCUAUUCUACAUCUUUUACCUAUCGAUACUGGUUCAACCAGCACUUUUAACAAUCUAAUUUUGAACUAUGAACAACAGAUUCUAGCAAAUGUGUCCAACGUUACGCUUAGUGAUGAUCUUAUUUUGAUUUUGAAUGAAUUGGAAAGUGUUGAGUAUCUUCGACAAUCGAGUGUAUCGUCAUUUAUCAACCCGGUCACUUUAAACAGCAAUCUGCAACGUCUAUUUUCAUAUGUUCUGGUCGCCUUAAAUUGUAAUCAAACAUGGACCAUAGCCAAGCGAAUCAAUCCGCUCGCUUCAACUUUCGACGAUGCUAGUUCAAGCGGGUGUGUCGUAGUGAACUAUCCCACACUUGAUACAGUGACGACUGAUGAUGGAGGUUGGCGUAUUCUUCGUAUUGUACUUUUCUCGUUAUUGGGAGUGUUCGCUGCAUCUGCUAUUGCUCUGGUUGUGUUUUUCGUGAUGAGAGCACAACGCGUUCGUCAGCAAAUGUCAAAAGGUCCAAAUAAGAUUGUACUGUUGCCAGAAGAUUUGAUGUUUGUUAUGCCAAAAGGAUCAAUAUUUACUAGCAAAGUUAAUCUAAGAAAUGAACCACAUGAAAGAAGUAACGUGUCCUUACGAAGCGGAGAUAUCCAGGCAGGAAAAACAGCCCGUUAUAAUGGCGACUUAGUGGAAGUCAAACAGUUGCAUAUUGGUCCAUUAUCGCUUCGUACAAAAGUUAUGAAAGAAUUACGGUUAUUAAAGGAUCUUCGUCAUGAAAACGUGAAUACGUUCAUCGGAAUUUUCAUCGACCAGACUGCACCCGCUCUAAUAUUUGAAUAUGGCCAACGAGGCAGUCUAGAGGAUAUUAUUAAAAAAGAAGAAAUUAAACUCGAUUGGAACUUUAAAUGGUCAAUGCUCAAUGAUCUUGUUCGAGGCAUGCGUUAUUUGACGAAUUCUCCUAUACGUUGUCAUGGCAAUUUGAAAUCCAGGAAUUGUAUUGUAGACUCGCGUUGGGUUUUAAAAGUAACAGAUUAUCGUCUUAAUGAAGUGUACGCCACGCAAAAUGCUCCAAGACAAGUUGAUAUAAACGAUCUUCUUUGGAUGGCACCUGAGCACAUUCGUACAGCGAUCAUCAAAAAUGAUGUCGCUACAGUUAUGACAAGUUCUUCAGCCGGUGAUGUCUACAGCUUUGGCAUAAUUAUGCAAGAAGUGAUCUUACGCGGACCUCCAUUUUGUAUGCUAGAUCUUUCACCACAAGGUACAUCGUCUUUAUCUUAUGUGUCGCACAUUUUCUAUGCUGAUCUAUUGCUAGAAAUAAUCGCAAAAAUUAAGAAACCGCCACCAUUAUUACGACCAUCCGUCUCAAAACAAGCUGCGCCACCAGAGUACAUCAAUUCAAUGAAACAGUGUUGGGCCGAACAAGCAGAAACACGACCAUCAUUCAAUGAUUUGGCUCAAUCGAUUAAACUGAUGAAUGGUGGAAAGAAAGUCAAUAUCGUCGAUACGAUGUUUAAAAUGCUUGAACAAUAUUCGAAUAAUUUGGAAGAUUUAAUCAAAGAACGAACGACACAAUUAGAAGAAGAAAAGAAGAAAACCGACAAACUCCUAUCACAAAUGUUACCACCGAGUGUUGCUGAAAGUUUAAAAUCUGGCAAAGCCGUCGAAGCUGUUUGGUUCGAAUGUGUGACAAUCUAUUUCUCUGAUAUCGUUGGUUUCACGACAAUAUCAGCGUUGAGUGGUCCCAUGGAAGUUGUCGAUCUCUUAAACGAUUUAUACACUAUGUUUGAUUCAAUUCUCGAAGAUUUCGAUUGUUACAAAGUGGAAACUAUUGGUGACGCUUAUAUGGUGGUUAGUGGCCUUCCAAUUCAAAAUGGAAAGAAACAUGCUUCAGAGAUUGCUACCAUGGCAUUAACACUUUUGCAUGCAUGUGGUAAAUUUAAAAUUCGUCACAUGCCUGGCGUACCACUACGGUUACGUAUUGGUCUUCAUUCCGGUGCAUGUGUAGCUGGCGUUGUUGGUCUAAAAAUGCCUCGAUAUUGUCUUUUUGGUGAUACAGUCAAUACAGCCUCACGUAUGGAAUCAACGAGUAUGGCUUUUCGUAUCCAUUCCAGUGAAACAACAGCAGGGUUAUUAGAGGAAAUUGGUGGAUUUCAAUUAGAAUACCGUGGUAUAACAGAAAUCAAGGGUCGUGGUAAUUAUAAAACAUAUUGGUUAUGUGGAAAAGAAGGCUUUGAUAAAGAGUUACCCGAUCCAGUUAUUUCUGACAAUAAUCACGGUCUUGACAAAGAGCUUGUUCGAAUGGUCGAAGAAAGGAAAGCACGAGAACGUGAAGAAGCUGAAAUAGCUAAAGCAACAGCAGCUACUGCAACAAAAAAUGAAAUUCAAGUAAAACCUAUUAUUGAAACAGUUUGUCAAGACACUCCAGCAUCUACAACAAUACCAACUCCUGCUGCUAAAACAAAUACUAACGAUAAAACAGAAGAUUUAUUGCGGUUUACUCCACCACCUCAACAGCAAACACGACGUCCGUCGACGUACGACGAACCUAAACAGAUGAAUACUAAUGAAAUUCCAGCUAAACUACAGCAAAUGAAUGGACCUAGUGGACCGGUUCGCAAAUCGACAAAAGCAAAAUGGUGA